AUGGCCCCCAUCGCCUUGGACCCCCCCUCCUCUUCCAAAACCUCAACUCCCUUCAAAAUCCUCAUUCCCGAGAGACUCUCUCCUGAAGGACUCUCCAUCCUCCGUUCCUCCCCUCUCCCCAUCCAAAUUGACACCCCAUCGCCCCUCUCCCCAGCCAACCUCCUCAAACUCAUUCCCAGCUACGACGCCCUCAUCGUCCGUUCCGAAACAAAAGUCACUUCUGCCGUCCUCGAGGCGGGCACGAAAUUGAGAGUUGUGGCCCGUGCUGGGGUGGGCGUUGAUAACAUCGAUGUCGAUGCUGCAACAAAAGCGGGUGUCGUGGUGGUGAACAGCCCCAGCGGGAACAUCCUUGCUGCAGCGGAGCACACCAUCGCGUUGUUGAUGGCUGUGGCGAGGAAUGUUGGGGCGGCGGAUCGUGGGGUGAAGGAAGGGAGAUGGGAGAGGGGAAAGUUAAUUGGCGUUGAGGUAGGAAGAAAGACGCUGGGCAUUAUCGGGUUUGGGAAGGUUGGUGUGAGAGUUGCGCGGUUUGCGAAGGGGUUGGGAAUGAAAGUUGUUGUGGUUGAUCCUUAUGCGAGUAGAGAGGUUGCGAAAGAGGUUGGGGUUGAGUUGAGAGAGGGGGGAUUGAUCGAGAGUGGGUUUAUGGGGGAGGUGGAUUUCUUGACUGUGCACACGCCGCUGCUGGCGAGUACGAAAGAUUUGAUUGGGGAGAGGGAGUUGAGAGCUAUGAAGAAGGGAGCGAGGGUGCUAAAUGUGGCUAGGGGAGGGGUUAUCAAUGAGGAGGCGUUGUUGAGGGCGCUGGAUGAGGGCUGGAUUGCGGGUGCUGGGUUAGAUGUGUUCACUUCGGAGCCGCCGGCGCCUGGGUCAACUGCGGAGAAGUUGGCCAGGCAUCCGAAGGUUGUCAGCACACCGCAUCUGGGAGCGAGCACCGUUGAGGCUCAGGAGAAUGUCGCACUUGAUGUGUGCACACAAGUACUGGAGAUUUUGAAGGGGGGCAUGCCAACUGCUGCCGUCAACGCCCCGUUGAUCUUGCCGGAGGAAUACCGGAAGCUUCAGCCUUUUGUCAAACUGGUCGAACGCAUGGGCAGCCUCUACACCCAACACUUCGCGACCCGCUCAUCCUCCCGCGGCGGCUCCGUCGGCGGCAGACGCUUCGAACUCGUCUACCGCGGCGAGCUGGCCGGCGUCACUAACACCAGACCCCUCUUCGCAGCCCUAAUCAAGGGCCUAGUCAGCGCUAUCAGCACCCUCGGCGGCCGCGACGUCAACAUUGUCAAUGCCCCUCUCAUCGCCCGGGAGCGGGGGAUUGUAAUCGACGAGCGACACGUCCGUGACGGUGGGGACGACGGCUCUCGCACUUUCGCCAGCGCUGUGACUCUAAGGAGCGUCCCCGCCGAUGGACAAGCUGCAGGUGGUUUUGGAGAGCAGGUGAUUGAGGGUUAUGGGACCCUGCUGAUCUUGCAUAACUAUGAUGAGCCGGGCAAGAUUGGCAAUGUGGGAAUGGUGCUGGGUAAGCAUGGGAUCAAUAUCAGUUUUAUGCAGGUUGCCGCGCUUGAGGGGCAGCCUGCCCCGGGGACACCGGUUGUGGAUGGGCCGGUUGAUGUUGUGGGCAAGGCUGCGAAGGAGGCGCUCAUGAUUUUGGGAGUCGCGGGUGAGGUGACGGAUGAAGUGUUAAAGGAGUUGGCGAAGGCGGAGGGUAUUUUGAGUGUCAGCUUGGUUCGGUUGUAG